AUGGGUAUUCAACUAGGACUAUCAAGAAUUACCAAACUACUUUCAUAUGCAGGCAGUCCUCACGAAAAGCUGAAAGUACUUCAUGUGGCGGGAACAAAUGGGAAAGGUUCAGUCUGUUCUUAUCUAUCAACAUUACUACAGGAUACCACCGACCCAAAUGUGAAAAUUGGAAAAUUUACUUCUCCACAUCUAGUCGAUGUCACUGAUUCAAUCAUGAUUAACAAUAGACCUAUACCCAUGCAAGAAUAUAACUAUAUCAAAACUCAGAUGUCUGCAUUGAAUGAAAAAUAUCUAUUAAAUUGUUCAGAAUUCGAAUUACUUACAUGUAUUGCCUUCUCAUAUUUUCAUAAAUUAAAGUGUAGUUGGUGUGUUUUGGAAGUUGGUUUAGGUGGAAGAAUAGACGCUACCAAUGUUGUACCAGGUUUGAAAAAGUACGCUUGUGGUAUUACAAAGAUUGGUUUGGAUCAUCAAGGGUUCCUAGGAAACACAUUGGCAGAAAUUGCAUUCGAAAAAGUAGGCAUUAUCACUAGAGGAACAAAAUACGCAGUUGUUGAUGGAUCCAAUGACCAGGCUGUGCUAGAUGUUGCGAGAAAGAAAUGUGAAGAAGAAAAAUGCACAUUAAUGAUAACAGAUAGUGCCAUUCAUGGAAAUAUGAUUAAAACUAAUUCGUGGGGUAGUAUGAAAUUUGAUCACUUACCCUUGAACGGAGAUUACCAAAUUUUUAACUUCAGAGUUGCAUUAGCAAUAUUAGAUCAUUUACAACAAAGUAAUGAAUUAUCAUUAACAUCAGAAGAUAUAUAUGAAAGAUUAGAAAAUACAACCUGGCCUGGUAGACUUCAAGAUAUAGAUAUACAUUACGAAAAGGGUAAAAAAAUCAAUAUAUUACUAGAUGGUGCUCACAAUGGGUGUGCAUCGCUCGAAUUGGUUAAAUACAUUAGGAAGAUAUAUGGACAACAACCUUUAACUUUUAUAAUUGCAGUGACAUCUGGUAAGGACUUGGAUCCUUUAUUUAAUCCAUUACUAAGACCGAUCGAUAAUGUUAUUACCACAAAAUUUUCAUCUGUAGAUGGAAUGCCUUGGAUUAAAGCAAAUGAUCCAAAUGAUCUGGCUAACAUAAUUAGAGAGAAAUAUACAACCAACGUAAGAGCUGAACCUAAUUUAUUAAAGGUUUUCCCAGGGAUUCAAAACAAUAAUACGGAGGAGAAUGGAAGACCGAUUGUUGUCUGCGGGUCGUUAUAUCUGUGUGGGGAGAUACUAAGGUUAAAUGAAAGUACAAGCUCAUGA